UGGUUGUUUCACACCUGCUGGCCAGUAACGUCGAAGGUUAAUUAUUUAACUUCAGGCAUUAUUCCUCAGGGACCAAAGGAGGUGAGGCAUUUGGCCACGGUAUGCUCACCUGUUGCAUCUUAAAAUGGGCGACUACAGAUGCAGUAACGGUUCGGUAACGAGUCAUGAUGACGGAGUUUUAUCCGUUGUCCCGAGUAGAGAGGGGGACAUUCGUGUUGUAUUUCAGAAAGUUGACGGCGACGCCAGCGACGAUGAUGAACAUUUUACAGACAGAUUACACCCUCCAAAUCAAAUCCAGAAUUCCCCAGACAGGGAUGGAGAUGACAGCGAGAUGGCCCCGGACAGACGGAGCGUGAAUGGCAGCCCUCCGAAGCGAGGAUGUCCGCUCCUAUGUUGCGGGAAAGACGACGUUGAUGAUAAUAGCACCGGUGGCAGCGGAAACCCCGAUCGUAAAGUGGAGGAUAAGAAAGCUCCAUGCCCAGGACUGGGCCUGCUCUAUGCUCUGCUAGCCUCCGUGUUCUUCUCCAUCGUGGCCCUCCUCGUCAAGAAGAUUGAGGGAGUGCAUGCGGUGGAGAUCAGUGCCAUUCGCUGCUUCUUCCAGAUGGUGUUUGUCAUACCGCUGAUGAUCUACUACAACACGGGUUUCCUAGGUCCCCGGGACAUGCGCAUCUACCUGAUCCUGCGCGGUUUCCUGGGCUCCAGCGCCAUGAUCCUGCUCUUCUACUCUGUGCAGCAGAUGCCCCUCGCCGACGCCACCGUCAUCAUGUUCAGCAACCCCGUCUUCACCGCAAUCCUCGCCUGGAUCUUCCUCAAGGAGCGCUGCACUGUCUGGGACGUGGUCUUCACAGCGUUCACGCUCACCGGCGUGGUGCUCAUCGCGCGGCCGCCCUUCCUGUUCGGCGAGCGCGUGGCUGGCCUGGAAGGCGACUACCGCAACCACAUCAAGGGCACCAUCGCGGCCUUCGCGGGGGCGGUGGGCGCCGCCUGCACCAUGGUGAUCCUGCGUAAGAUGGGCAAGAGUGUGCACUACUACCUGUCGGUGUGGUACUACGCCGUCAUCGGGCUGGCUGAGUGCGUGAUCGCGCUCUUCGUGCUGGGCGAGUGGAGCUUGCCGGCGUGUGGCGUCGACCGCUGGCUUAUGAUGCUCAUCGCUGUGCUCGGCAUGGCUGGCCAGACGUUCCUCACCAAGGCCCUACAGGUGGAGAAGGCCGGGCCGGUGGCGCUUAUGCGGACAACAGACGUGGUGCUGGCCUUCAUCUUCCAGUUCCUCUUCCUCAACCGCAAGCCCACCUGGUGGAGUCUAGGGGGCGCUCUCUGUGUGGUCAGUAGCACCAGUGGCGUGGCGUUGAGGAAGUGGAUCAGCAGUAGCAGGAAGACCUGAUGCGAACAUUCUUUAGACACUUUUUACAUAACAACUCCUGUGUCUCUCUGUUCCAUUUGAUUCUGCUACAGAAAAGGUGAUCACCUAAACUUCGUCUGUACCAAAGAGGCAAUAGAGAUAAACUAUACAUUACUGUUUACUGGUCUGUAGUACAAAUCAAAUAGCCUACUCUGCUCUGUGCACAUUUUAAAGUAAGCACUUUGUAGUCCUCAGUCUGUAAUUUUACUUUAAUAUUUCAAACCAAUCAGGUAAUCCCUUACUGAUAUUUUUAUAUAUGAAAUGGGACUGCUUUUUAGUGAACUGUGUGAUUGAUUGAGACUUUGUUUUAAGAGAGAGAGAGAGCGAGAGAGAGAGAGAGAUCUUGAAUUACAUCGUUUGCACUUUUCUAACCGUUUACUGUCUCGAGAAGACAUUCAGGUCCGCUGCCCUGCUUGGUAAUCAAACAGGAAUAUGUUUGGUGCACACACCACCGUGGCCUUAGCUUCUUGGCAGCAAUAAGAAUCUGUUGCACUUAGCUUCUGCAAAGCUGGUUCUGUCUUCUCAACCAGUGCCAAGGUUUCUAAGCACAAGUUUUAACAUUUUAUUAUGUCCUUACUCUGUUCUGAAAACAUUAGUGAUAUUUAUUGUAGCUUAUUUCAUAAUUUUGCUGCUUUUUUGCCAUCAGCAUUAUCAUGUAUGGAAAAAUGUAGAGCUUGAAUUAAUUUAGAUAACCAGGGCACAACAUGUGCUGAUGACAGAAAUGGACUGAAACACGCAACUCCUCUUGGAGUGUCUAGGUUGGAUGUGUGUCCUACUUCUGAUUGGACAUGGAAAACAGCAGUCACCUGUGAUAGGUCAGUCAGCUGGUAUAGGUCAGUUCCGUUGGGGCAUUGCUUUGUACCUGUAAAACAAGAUGAAUAAGUUGUACAGCACACUAUUUAUAUGAGUCACAGGAUUGAGUAUUUAUUGAGAGUAACACUGAUUUGUCCAAAGUGAUAAACAAUACUUGGACCUGUGAAUGUGUCAUGUGAUUGUAUAUGAGUAACAGUGUUAAAGGUACCGGUUCAUUGGAUCUUAGCAUUGCUCUGAUCCAAUGACUUAUUUUCAUGUUGCCUUGAAGAUCAUGCUGUAACAUUACAAUCUCAAAUCCAUCCAUCUAGUAUGUACAUUCUUAUUUAUUUUAAUUAAAAAAAAUGUCUGCAGUUAAUUUUA